UUCGAUACCCUCUGUAGCCCUAGCACCCCAAUUAAUUGUCCUUACACGCAAGGGUUAAAAUAUGGCAAUAAACAAACAAAACAUAACGUGGUGUUGGACUUUCUAGACAUGGGGAAUGAGUGAGCUGUGGCUUGUGAGAGGGCGGUGAGAUCUGUUCUCUGUUCUUUCCUUCUUGUUCCCGGUCCUUGAUUCUCUAAAUUCUGAAGAUAAACCGAAGAGCAAUUGAAACAAAACCUAGAACUUUUUUCCUCAGCUAAAAGUACCGAUCACAAAACCAACCGUGUCAAUGCAUGCUAAAACAGAUUCAGAGGUGACGAGCCUCGCGACAUCGUCCCCAAACCGGCCGGUCUACUAUGUUCAGAGCCCAUCACGGGACUCCCAUGACGGGGAGAAGACUACCAAUUCUUUCCAUUCCACGCCGGCCGCCCUCAGCCCAGUUGGCUCGCCGGGCCGCCAUUCUCGUGACUCCUCCUCCACUAGGUUCUCUGGUUCGCUGAAACCCGGCUCGCAGAAGUCGAGUAAUGGGCCAAGGAGACACCAUCAUCGCCUCAAGGGGGAAGAGAAGCAGUGGAAAGAGUUUGAUGCCAUUGAAGAGGAGGGACUUCUUGAUGAAGAAGGUGGACGUAGGGGCAUCCCUCGCCGCUGCUACGUUCUUGCUUUCGUCGUCGGAUUCUUUGUGCUGUUUACCUUUUUUUCUUUGAUCUUAUGGGGUGCCAGCCGAAAUCAGAAGCCAAUCGUUACAAUGAAGAGUAUUUCAUUCGAUCAAUUUAUAGUUCAAGCUGGCUCAGAUGGCUCCGGAGUAGCCACCGAGAUGGUGACCACGAAUUCUACACUAAAGCUAAUUUUCCGCAACAAGGGUACAUUCUUUGGGGUGCACGUAACAUCUACACCUCUAGAUCUCUCUUUUUCGCAACUCGCUGUGGGCACCGGAACAAUAAAGAAAUUUUAUCAGUCAAGGAGGAGUCAGAGAACCGUAACAGCAAUGUUACAAGGAAGUAACAUUCCGCUGUAUGGAGGGGGUGCGGAUUUGAGCAGUAAAGAUGGGAAACCCACGUCGCCGGUGCCACUCAACUUGAAUUUUACCGUUCGUGCAAGAGCUUAUGUAUUGGGCAAAUUGGUGAAGCCAAAAUUCAGCAGAAGGAUCCAGUGUUCAAUGGUUAUGGACCCUAAGAAAAUGGGGGUUGCUAUUUCCUUAAAAACCUCGUGCACUUACCAAUAAAGUGACGAGGAGGGGUUUGGCGUAUACGGAACCAAACAAAGCGAAUUUCCACAAAAACUUUGAUGCAUGCAUCCAUGAAUUACUUUGAUGCUGGAAAUCAAGAGCUGAGCACUUCUUCUGAAGCUGAGGUUUCUGAUGAAUUAUGGGCUUUAUGAAGUGUCGUUAAUUUGUUGAUUUUCAUUCUGCCGUUACGCUCGAAGCUGUCUUGUCUUCUCCUUUUCUUUGGUUAAUCGACUUGGGUGCAUUUCGAUAA